AUGUCGCUUCACAAAUGCUCGAGAUCUCAUGGCCCGCCAGCACUGCCGAACCUUGAAGAUUUGCAACAACCUCAUGAUCCAAAUUUCAACAUCGUUCAAGCGGAGUCUAAAAGCUUUGGCAAAAUCGUUGUUCUGAACGGUUUCCCAGGUACAGGCAAAUUUACCAUUCUCAAACAACUUCAAAAACACUUCCCUGGCGAUGGUUCCACCUGUCUGCUUGAUAACCAUCUUCUCAUCGAUCCGGUUGUUGCAGUCAUUCCCGACCGAAGCGACAGACACCACGAGCUGCGUCGCUUGGUUCGAGCCCCUGUCUUUGAGGAGCUAGGUAAACGUGCAAAAGACGGCGACACUAUCUUGAUGACGGCAUGCCUAGCCGCGGAUAACCAGAGAGAUGAUGCUUUCCUUGACGAACAUUUAGAUAUUGCUCGCAAGAGUGGCGUCCCCAUAUACUGGAUCAACCUGCGCUGCGAUCCUGAUAUUCUUGAGCAGCGACUCUCGACUCCUGAACGUCAGGAGGGCAGCAAGUCAAAAUUGACAGACGUGUCUGUUCUGCGCGACAUCAUUAAAAGCAACCAACUCAUCGAGCUUCCUGGCAAAGAAAAUAAUGAUAUAUUGGUGAUUUAUCGGGAAUUGGAUGUGAGCGGUUCUGUGGAAUCGUCUGUCGGUCGUCUGAAGGGCAUACUUGGGCAGGUGUAUUGA